UUACAUUAAAUGUAUCACUUAAUGUAUAAAAUGAAAUAUUAAAGUUGGUAGUUCUGCACUAGUAAAUACAGCUUGUCACAUACAUGGUUGACAAUCGUGAAGCUAAUGUCAUAGUGACACACCUACCACAUCCUGUGCUAAAUAAGAUUUGCCAUAUUCUUUCCAUGUGUUGGACACUAGAAUGAUAUCUGCUGAUCUGAGAGAGGAGGUAACCUGCCCCAUCUGCCUGAGCAUUUAUAGAGAUCCUGUAACUCUCAGCUGUGGCCAUAACUACUGCCUGGGCUGUAUUGAGAGUGUGCUGGGUACCCAGGAGGGGUCUGGGCUUUAUAGCUGUCCUGAGUGCAGAAAGAGAUUCAGUAACAGACCUGAGCUGCAGAGGAACAUAGCGCUGUGUAAUGUAAUGAUGAAUUUACAGAAUUCUAAGCCAGAGCAAAAAGACAAUGGGGUCUUCUGCACUUACUGUAUUCACUCUCCUGUACCUGCUACUAAAUCCUGUCUGCUGUGUGAGGCUUCUCUGUGUGAUGCCCACCUGAGUGUACACAGCAAGUCUGAGGAACACGUCUUAACUGAACCCACCACUUCCUGGGGUAACAGAAAAUGCUCCAUACACAGGGAGCUGCUGGAAUAUUACUGCACUGAGGAUGCUGCCUGUAUCUGUGUGACCUGUUCCCAGGCCGGAGAGCACAGGGGACACCAGGUGGAGCUGCUAAAUGAGGCUUCUGAGAAGAAGAAAGAGAGACUAAGAGAUGUUCUGCAGAAACUGACCACAAAGAGACAGAAUAUUAUAAAAAGAGUCCAGAGUCUGCAGGGGCACAGGAGAGGGGUGCAAGAGAAAGCAGCUGGUGUAACAGAGCGACUCACUGCCCUGAUUAGGGACAUCAGGAAACAGCUGGAAGACCUAGAGAAGCGAGUCCUAGAUGACUUUUGUGGUGCUGAGAAGGGAGAUAAUGAGGUAACACAAACAGGUGAUAAACAGGUCACUGCUGAGGGGGAAUUAGAUGAGGGUCUGAUCUCAGUGACCUUAUACAGAGGUUUAGAUGAAAUUGAGAAUGAUAUCAAAGUAAAGAAAAGUCUAUACGUGCAGGUGACAUCAGACAUAUUACUGGCUAUGGAAACAUCAGGUAAUACAAUUCUAUCAGAUACUUUGGAAACUUGUCCAUGGUCAGAGAGAUAUCGGCAUACCCUAGACACACCAGAGAGAUUUACUGAUCUUCAGGUACUAAGUACCACAAGCUUUUCCUCUGGACAACAUUACUGGGAGAUUGAGACUAGUGGGUUAAGUUGCUGGAAGAUAGGUAUGUGUUAUACAAGUAUGGAAAAGAAAGGAUAUCAGUCAAGGGCAGGAAACAAUAAGUCUUGGUUUUUAUGUGAGUUUAAUAGAAAAUAUUCAGUGAUACAUAACUCAGUAGAAACAAGAUUACCUUACAUUCCAUGCUGUGAUAAAUUAGGAAUAUACCUAGAUUAUGAGGCUGGUCGUCUGAGCUUUUAUGAAAUGUGUGACCCGAUCAGACACUUACACACCUUCACUACCACCUUCUCUGAACCUCUUCAAGCUGUGUUCUUGGUCUGA